AUGAACUCGCUGGGGAUCGAGUACGGAGCGUCUUCGUCGGACGAGGAGGUCAUGACCUCGCCACUGGUGUCCCAUACUAAGCCGACGGUCGCUCCUUCUCCUGCUGCACAAACAGCUGAGGGCUCAGCUUUUCUAGUCCCUGACAAAACGGAUGGAACUUGUGUAGUCCAGCCAAGCGACAAUACCACCAAGCAAGAGUUGGAAUCCACCACUAUGACCGCUGAAGGGACAGGUGGUACUCUAACCGACAACGAUCUAGAGGAGAUGCUUUUGCAAGCCGGUAUACCAGCGGCAGCGGAUCCUUUGGCUGCUGAUAAUGCGACGCAGCAGCGCAUUGAGCGGUUCUUGCGCGUUCAACGCGAACGUGGUCAAGACUUUCAGACGACGCUACAGGAGAAGAAAGAGGUGCGCAACCCGUACAUCCUCGAGAAGGUGGUCGAGUAUUUUGGCAUCAACGAGCUGCAUUCCAAUUUUGCAAAAGACCAGUUUGACCCGUUCGGUCUUCCCUUGCACGAGUAUGCUGACGUGUUGGCUGUGGAGCAGAAAAAACGCAUGGACGCCCGAGCGCAGCGGCAAGUCUAG